AUGCUGAGGGAACUAAUGCCUCUUUUUAGGAAUAUCUAUGGGUUAAUUGCUUCCUCAGGUACCAUAGGAGCAUUGGUGGCUUGGCUGAUCGACUAUAAGGCAGCCUUGUUUGGGUUCUUAUUCCUUCUGUUGCUUAGCAACUGGCUGGUCAACUGUGAACUCAAGCCCACCCCACCAGAGUCCGAGCAGGAAGAGGCAGAUAAACCAAAGGUUCCCAAAACCAAACCCAACAGCAACGUCAUGAGCAUGAAAGAAGUCAAGAGACUGCACGCCUGCUUUGCCCUCCAGGACAAGAUCCUUGAACGGCUUUUGUUCAGUGAAAUUAAGCUGAAAGUCUUAGAAAAUCAGAUGUUCAUCAUAUGGAAUAGAAUGAAUCACCGUGGGAGCUGGGCCACCUCCACCCGUGUCUAG